AAAUCAAUUUCUUCAUCACUUUCAGCGGGAAAAUCAACGAACUUACCGAAAUACACUCUCAACCACCUUCAUCACUUCAUCUUCAUCCUCGGUCAACAACCUAUCUAUAAUCACAACUUAUAAACCCAACUUUCUCGAGAAAAUUAAACUCCAUUCCCAAGAACCAAACACAACACUCAUCAAUCAUGGCAAACAAAUCCUACAAUCCAAACACUCAAAUCUACACAUCACCACGACCACCACUUCACCUCCCAACCCAUCCCAAUCUUUCCCUCACCACUUUCCUCUUCAAUUCCACACUCUCCGUCGCCAAAUCCGCCGCCCUAAUCGACUCCGAAUCAAGCCAAACCCUAACUUUCCACGAUCUUAAAAUCCAAGUCUCGAAGAUAGCACAUGCACUGGUUAACAACCUUCACAUCGCCCGAAACGACGUCGUUCUCAUUUUAUCCCCGAAUUCAAUUCAUUUCCCUGUAUUUUUCCUCGCGAUUACGUCCAUCGGCGCAAUCGCGUCCACCUGUAAUCCUGCUUAUACUGUACCGGAACUCUCUAAACAAGUCAAAGAUUGUAAUCCAAAGCUCAUAAUCACCACAAAGGAAUUGCUUAACAAAGUCGAACAUUUCAAUUUGCCGCUAAUUCUCUCUGAUUCAACUAAUUCAGUUUCAAAUCCGAAGAUUUGGAGCUACUCCGAUUUAAUUAACUUAUAUCCUGAAGUUUCUGAUUUGCCGGAGAAUAAUGUUAACCAAAACGACGUCGCAGCGUUGUUUUACUCUUCUGGCACAACAGGUACAAGCAAGGGAGUGGUUUUAACUCACCGGAAUUUCAUUGCCACGUCGUUAAUGGUACCGUCUGAUCAAGACAGGUAUAACGAGCCUAAGCAUGUGUUCUUGUGUUUCUUGCCUAUGUUUCAUAUAUUUGGAUUUGCGGUUACUACUUAUGCUCAGCUUAGGAGAGGAAACUGUGUCGUUUUGAUGGAGAAAUUCGAGCUGGAGAAGAUGUUGAGGAGUGUUGAGAAGUUCAGGGUUUCCAUGCUGUUUGUUGUGCCGCCGGUUAUGAUUGUUCUGGCCAAGCAGAAUGUUGUUAAGAAGUUUGAUUUGUCAUCUCUUAAACUUAUCGGAUGCGGAGCAGCUCCGUUAGGAAAAGAAGUUAUGGAGGAGUGUGCGAAAAAUCUGCCUCGCGUUGAUAUUAUUCAGGGAUAUGGCAUGACAGAAACUUGUGGAAUUAUUGCAUUAGACGAUCCAAGGGAAAGAAAUCGCCUCUCUGGUUCAACAGGGUUACUUGUCCCUGGCGUAGAAUCUCGAAUAAUAAGUGUAGAAACAUCAAAGCCUCUUCCACCAAAUCAAGUCGGAGAAAUCUGUCUACGUGGACCAAAUAUGAUGCAAGGUUAUUUUAACAAUCCACAAGCUACAAAGCUAACAAUAGAUGAGCAAGGAUGGGUUCUGACCGGGGAUCUUGGAUACUUUAAUGAAGAAGGACAUUUGUUUGUAGUGGACCGAAUUAAAGAGCUCAUCAAGUGUAAUGGCUUUCAGGUGGCACCAGCGGAACUGGAAGGAUUACUACUUUCUCACCCUGAAAUUUUAGAUUCUGUCGUCAUACCAUACCCGGAUUCAAAAGCAGGUGAAGUACCAGUUGCAUAUGUUGUUCGCUCUCCUAAUAGCUCCUUGACUGAAGAAGAUGUUCAGAACUUCAUAGCAAAGCAGGUUGCUCCGUUUAAAAGAAUUCGGAAAGUGGGAUUCAUAAACACUGUCCCAAAAUCAGCUGCAGGAAAGAUUUUGAGAAGAGAACUCAUUGAAAAAGCUCGUUCCAAGAUAUAAAUUAUACUACUAGACAAUAAAAACCGAAAGCCGAAAAAGGUCAUGUACUCGCUAUCUCGAACAUUUGCAUUAACAACAGCAGCAGAAGCAAAAGAAGCAGAUAAAAAUGAGUAAUAAACAUUCUUAAGGUCCCCAUUAGAUAGGUAAUACCUAAUCUUAAUCCUUUUGUAUCAAACUUUGUUCUUUAUAUAUGCUUUGUUUUGCACUUUAAAGCUGAAUGUUGUAAUCAUUUUGAAAUGCUUCUUGAAUUGUCUCCUA